AUGGGAGACAUAUCGGACAGGGAUCCCAACCGAGUAUACUACAAUUCAGGAGGGUUCCAACGAUCUCGUCCUAUCUUGACGGGUCCAGAAGCGAAGGAAACGUUUGAAGAGAUCCCUGUCAUCGAUUUUUCGGAAGUGACAUCUUCAGCGACUGACGUUCGCCAAAGGCUCGCCGAUGAAGUCGGCCAUGCUGCUCGAAACGUGGGCUUCUUCUACGUCAAGAACGCUCCCGUGUCUCACACCAAAAUUGAUCGCGCCUUUGAGCUCUUAGAAUCAUUCUUCGCUCAGCCAGAAGAUGUCAAGCGGCAAAUCGAUUGCAACAAAAGCAAUGAAGCCAAAGGGUGGCAGCCGCAGCAGACGGUCGGCCCGAACGGGGUGCUCCGCGAGUCGUACUCGAUGGGCAAUGACUACAAAGAGCCUGAACAACACCAUAUCAGCGUUGCACCGGAGGGGAGUGUGCCUCUGAAUCAAUGGCCUUCAGAGGACACCAUCCCCGGGUUUCGCAAGGCUAUAUAUGACUAUUACCUGGAAGUCUACCCUUUCGCGAAGACGUUGAUCCAAAUCUUCUCUCUCGCAUUGGGCCUCGACCAAACGGAAUUGGAUCAAUACUUUCAGCAACCUCUGGCGGACAUCACGGCGCAGUAUUACCCUGCACACCAGGCGCCUGACUCGAACCCGCUGGAACUGCUCUCUCCCCACGCAGACUUUGGCGUCGUCACUCUCCUCUUACAGAAUGAUGUGCCGGGGUUGGAAGUCCUCAACGCGAACGGCAUCUGGAUUCCCGCCCCGCCCAUGCCGUAUACUUUCGUCGUCAACACGGGCAACUACGUCGAGGCGUGGACAAACGGACGCUGGCCCGCGACCGUGCACAGAGUGUAUGGGAAACUUGACCAGCCGAGGUUCUCUCUGCCCUUUUUCGUGUCACCUUCUCCCGAUGUGGUCGUCAAACCGCUACGGGAACUCCUGGAGGACGGCGAGAGGCCGAAAUAUGAAGAGCGCAACGUCGACCAGAGACAGGUCAAGGGCCAGAUCGGUUCGAGGCACAACCACCCAAUGACGAAAUUGUUGAGAAGAGUCGUGCCACAGGAAGAGGAUUGGAGAUGGGAGAUGUUGUAUCAACCGCACUUACUGCCCCGUGUAGCCUCAAGUUAGUCCUAGAGUAUGCUUUGGGUUUCUGUAUCUUGUGGAAAGCUGAUUGACGGUUCCCG